CGAGGCCACAUCUCACGCAGCAACUGCGUAACGCACUCGAUAUAUAGCGAAAUUCUGUUUUGUGAUUACGUCCAUAAUUUUGUAUUUUUGCACGCUUGUUCGGUCGUUCGCUUGGCUGGUGCGCCCGGUCGAGCUCUGUACCCGAGGCUUGGACUCACUCAGCUGUCUCUUUCGUUAUACACUUCACUGGCCUCGCUUUAUCGACGUGUUGGUGCCGCUCUUCGGUGACGACGCCACACAUCUAUUAUGUGCUACGAGUUUCGCGUUGUGGAGCUUGUUCGGUCUGUUUUCUGGUGUAUGACACUCAGUCGCUCGUCGGGUUCCCUGUAAAUUUCACGUGUUUGGUCUGGUUUUGCAACAGUUUGCCGGUUUUUUGCUUUUAGCUUGUGUUGUUAUUGUUGUGUGUUUACCGAAUACUUGCUUUGCAUUUUUAUUAUCGCGCGUGUUUGUGACUUUGCAUUUGCUUUUGCGCUCGCCAGACGAGACGACAGACGAGCUCUAGCCAGAGUGUUGGAGUUUGGAAGAAGUACAGUUGCGGACCUGCCCUUCUGACUUUGGGUUCACAUUUUUGGAAGGAGUUAUGAAAAAUAUGGAAGAAUCAUCAGCUGUAAGAACAUAUUUUCUAAAGGAAAGACAAAAUAAAAGUUAUAAUGUUGACAAAUUAAUUGAGGAACAAAUGCCUGUCAGAAAGUUAAUGAAGAAAUCGGUGCCCUCUAAGCAAACAAACCCGGUCUUCCAUAAUCAAUACACUCCCACACGUUAUGAACGCGAACGCGCCACAAUGAAGAACAAGCCGCGCAAGGUGCUCAAUCUGGAAGAGCGCGUGCUGGCCAUACGCCUGUACCAAGAGAAGCCGGUCUACCAGCGUGUGGCGUCCGUCUUCAAGUGCAGUUGGGAGCAAGUACGCAAUGUAAUCGCCAAUCGCGACGACAUACUGCGCUAUUAUGGCGAAUGUCAGACUGUGACGCACAAGGACACGCCACAAUAUGCGCGCAACAAGAAAAUCAACUUUCUCGGCAAUGUCACAUACGAGUUUGUGCGACGCGCCCACUACCACCGCAGCGCGACGCUCAACGAUGAGACAUUGCGACAGCGUGCGCUCAAACUACGCGACAUCCUGCAGAUCGAACAGUUUCAUCCGAAUAAGGCAUGGUUGGCCGAUUUCAAGAAGGUCUACAAUGUGGAGUGGCAAAAUUUGGACGCGCUGAUUAUAUGCGGUGUACCGCCGCGUUCGCUAGACAACAAGGAUUUGAUCGAAUACUGUACGCGCAUGGUGUCGAAAGCACAGUCGCUAAUAGGUAAAAUGCCCAAACCGCUGUCAAAGAAGGAGAGUUCGCAACUCUACCAUACGGAUGAUGCGGAGUAUGAGUCGGCCAGUAGUGGUGGCGACAUUGAUGUUGGUGUUGGUAUUGAGGGUAGUUUCGAUGACAACGCAUCCGAUUCGAUGUACGCUGAGCAAUACGAUGAUGUGCCUGUGGUGAAUGAAAUUGACGAUUUUUCCGGCACUUAUUUAGACACACCCGACAACGAUGAUGAGGGCUUUAAUGGUUUUGAGUCAGAGCCAGCAGGCACCAACAACCAUUACGCUAACACUGUGGAAACAGCAACAUACGAUUUACCACGUACCAGCGUAAGUCACGAGGCUGCGGCGCCCACAGAAAUAACAGCGGAACCCGCUUUGCUAGCCGAAGUGCAGAUUAAGCAGGAGCGACGCAGUCGCAGUCGUAGCCGCAGUCCACCAUUGCUAUCGCCAUUGACCGUGACAAGUGGCACGAGCACGAGCGCCACGACAGCGGGUGGUGGUGGUGGUGGUGGUGCUGGCGUCAAAGGCAAGCACUCACCUACAACAACACCAAACACAAUAACAAAUAGUGACGAGUCAAAUAGCAAGCGUUUGAAAACAGACGCGGUGACCACUUAUGCGGAGGCAUUGCGCAAUAUGUGCCCUUUAGAGGACUUCGCGACGCAGCAAGAGGAUUUUCAGGCAAUAAACUUGCUUAUGCAAUUGGCGCGCGUCUUCGAGAAGGGCGCCAAACGCAGCACAGCACAAAGACGAAUUCAUAAUUCGUAAUUAAGACAUUUGAAAUGAUAAAGAAGUUAUAAUAAAUAUGUAUGUUAGCACAUUUAAGCGUACAAGCGUAUGUAAAUAUGUUAGUUUGAGACUCUCUCUGUAGUUAUAGCGUGGAUUAAGUGAUGCAUAAUAACUUAAUGUACAAUAAAAAUACAAAUUAAUUAGCCCACAAUUAA